AUGUGCUGGAUAAACAAAGUACGCAUCAGCUGCCUGAACUGUCACAACACCGAGCCGCCAGUUAGAGAGAACGAAAAAUGUCCUCAAGCAUUGGCGACCGGAAAGGGAUGCGAUCCGAAGACGCGGAGCACGUUCGAAGAAGGUGACGAGUGCACCAAAUGCCAGGAGAUCCAACGACUCAAAGACGAGGAAACACUAAAUAAGGCUAGAGAGAUGGGUUUAUGA